ACGGCUGCAUACCACAACUCCAUUAUCACUGCUGCUGUUAUCACUUCUGCUACUACCACUGCUACUGCUCCUGCGGCCGCUGCUGAUCAGGGUCCUUUGUUACCGUACUUUUUUGCCCUUGGGCUUUUCCAUACUCUUCUCUUUCUUUGCCCUCCCGUCCACAUACGAGCCACCAUGACACCUCGAUCGUUUUUUUUAUCCUGGAAGAGUUGGAGUACGGCGUUAGCAGUGGCGGUGGUGUUACUAUUGACACUGCUUGUGCCUGUGGAAGCCGGGACACUGCAGCCGGAGCGUCGAGCGAACAGUCCCACCGAUGUAUGCAAGCGGUACAGCCACCAGACGGCGCUGGUUAACGGGACCAUUUACAUCUACGGCGGCCAGGCCCUCAGUCGGGCGGGACAGACCACGGACCGCUGGAAUAAUAACUUCUUGACGCUCUCGGUGCGCGAGGACUGGGAUACGGACGCCCCAAAGAUGGAGGGGUUGCCGGUUCCGGAUGGGCCGCCGAAGGUGGCGAAUGGCUACCUCUGGCACGACUACGACCGGAUAUUUCUCUACGGCGGUCUCUACUCCGAUGUGGAGCCGCUCGGGCAGCCGACCGAGUUCGUGUUAUGGCAGUACGAGAUCGCCUCCAGAAAGUGGUCCGAGGCGCAGACGUCGGUGGCGGAGAACUCGGGGUCGCAGAAGAUCGAGCGCGCGGCCGAAGGCGCCGGCGUCAGUGUUCCCGGACGGUCGUUGGGGUUCUACUUUGGCGGUCAUCUGGAUCAGUGGACAACACAGGGUUGGAGUAAUCAGACCCCCAGGGUUUAUCUCAAGAGUCUGCUGGAAUUCGAUAUGGAGAAAAUGCAGUUCCGGAAUGUCACCGAGAGCGGACUGGAGAAGGCCGGUGUGCCGGAAAGGGCGGAUGGUGUGCUGGUUUUCGUUCCUUGGGGCGAGGAGGGAAUUCUGCUUGCCAUCGGUGGCGGCACCAACGACACUUUCUCGCAGAUGAACAUCAUUGAUGUAUACGAUCUCGGUACAAAGAAGUGGACGAAACAAGCCACAGAUGGGCCGAGCCCCAAGUACCGCGUCAACCCUUGCGCUGCGGUAGCAUCGGCUCCCGACGGUUCCUCGCACAAUCUCUACUUCUUUGGUGGACAGAACUUGGUGCCUUACAUGGAGCAGCUUCAAUACGACGAUAUGUACAUCCUUACCGUGCCCGCAUUCAAAUGGAUCAAGGUCGACAUGGAGAGCCAAAACGUACCCCCAGCAAGAGCCGGUCACACCUGCGAUAUGGUGGGCUCACAGAUGAUCGUCAUUGGCGGCUACACGAGCGAGUUGUCCUGCGAUGCACCGGGCGUCUACAUCUUCGAUGCCAGCACUCUGGAGUGGAACACGGGCUACUCGGCUGCAGCCGGUGGUUACGGCAAAUCGUCAGGUGGUAGCAGUGGUGGUGACGGCUCCAAUAAGCGGCCUGACAACACCUAUAAGGUUCCAAAGAUCGUCGCCAACGAGGUCGGUGGCGACGAGAACGGCGGUGCAACGAUCUCCGAGCCGGUAAAGACGGCGGAGGCGGACUCGCCCUUAGUUACCGGUGACGCCGGAGACUACAAGUACACCACGUACAUCCCAGCGCCAACCGUACUGGUCUCGACAGCCGCCGAUGGCACCGUCACCACGAGCACGGUAACCCCCAGCCCACCCGACGACAACAGUCCCAAUGUCGGCGCCAUCGUCGGCGGUGUCGUGGGCGGAAUCGUGUUCAUUGUCAUCCUCAUCUUCGCCGGCGCCUAUUGGCUGUACAAGCGUAAGAUCCGGGAGCUCAGGGAGAGCGCCGGAAGACUGGGUGAUGCCAAUGGAUAUGAGAAGAACAGCGAGUCGGGCAUGGCCGGACUGAUGACGGGGCAUCGCCAAGACGCCGUUAUGUUCGGCGAGAGCUCGGAUCGGAGAAAUACUACCGGGAGCAGUACAGAUCUCAACGAGAUGAUGGGCGAGCCGACGUUCUGGGGUGUCCUCUUGAGUCCCAGAAGAAGUUUGAGGGUGGUCAAUCAUUAGAUGUAGGCGUAAGGGAUGACGGAUAUGACCUUUGUAAUGAGCGAUGAAUGGGAUGGGA